CAAACGUUGAUUCAUUAUUAACUGACAAAAAAUGUUGAAGAGGGGACCAUUCGUUCACGUCCAGCAAUGGUUUUCCAUUUUCUCCUCUCGAAACUACUCGAAAAUUGGAGUUAUUGGAGCACCAUUCGACAAAGGACAACGUAAAGAAGGAGCUGCCCUAGGACCAAGUUCUUUGCGCCAGUCUGGACUAAUUAAGCAUUUGGAGUCAAUUGGUUGUGAUGUUCAUGAUUUUGGUGAUAUUGACUAUCAACCCACUCGAGAGGAAGGGACUGUAAAGAAUGUUCGAAACAUGAAAGAUGUAAUAGCCUUCAAUGAGAAACUUUCACAAAAAGUCAGCCAGAUAAUAAAAGAUGGUCGUAUGUGCCUAACUUUGGGAGGAGACCAUUCAAUUGGUGUAGGUACUGUUCAUGGUCACCUGAAAGCUCAACCAGAGACAUCACUUCUCUGGGUCGACGCUCACGCUGAUAUAAACACUCCGGUCACAAGCAAUAGUGGAAAUGCACACGGUAUGCCAUUGUCGUUUCAUAUAAAGGAGCUAACGGAAUACCAACCAGAGAUACCCGGUUUCGAAUGGCAUAGCCCUAUGAUUUCAGCCAGAAACAUUGCUUUUAUUGGUCUUCGUGAUGUAGAACCUUAUGAGAGGUUAAUAAUUGAGAAAUUGGGAAUGUGUGCUCUAUCGAUGGAAGAAGUUCACGGGAUAGGUAUCAAAGAAGCUGUCAAGUACGCACUAAGUCGAAUUGAUCCUCGCAAUACUAGACACAUACACGUUAGUUUCGAUAUUGACGCCCUCGAUCCCCUUGAAGCACCAUCAACUGGAACUCCAGUUCGAGGAGGAUUGACGUUGAGAGAAGGAACCGAACUAUUAAGAAGUGUGCAUCGCACCGGUCGGCUUUCUGCAGUUGAUAUAGUAGAAGUAAAUCCACUACUAGGCUCAGCAAGUGAUCUGAAGAUUACACUGGAUGCAGCUCGUCACCUGGCAGCAGCAGCAGCUGGAUAUUAUCCAGGAGGGUGGGCUCCAAAAGGUGUCACCGAUAUACCCCAGUCUUAAACCAAAAAAAAAAAAUGUUAAGUGCAUUUUAAACCACGAUCUGUUACAUUUUACUCGUUAACUACCUAAAUUUUAAUUCAGCCAAAUUUCAAGGCCCAAGAAAUCUUAAAGAUCCUGUGCCAUUCCCUUAAGAUUUUCAAAAGUAGUCUAUAACUAUUGCUGCCUUGUUUUCAGAUGUUUUAACUUUUCGUUGCUGUUGAUUAAUACAAUUAUCUCAUGGUA